AUGGUUAACUCAGACCCAAGCUUUUCUCACACGGCGCUAGCCAGGAGCGGCCUCAGAUCCCUGCGCAUGUCGCGAUUUUCGGCACGCUCAGCUGCACACGCAUCACCAGCAGCGCGCGCGCAGUACCCUCGGUCGGCCACGACGCUCGCCCUGACCGACCAUUUGAUGACCGCACUAAUCCACUUUCGUUUCAUCACAGUUUUCUCUGACCCAGCCUGUGCCAAUGCGACGUCGUGGCUUGAGCCCGGGCAACACGCUGUGGCUCGCCGACGGCCUUGGAUCCCAGAUCGCAUCAUCCUACCAUUCUACCACCCUACCAACAUCCCCACCGAAACUGAAAACUCUGGGGUGCUCACCGACGCACUACGGUACACAGACCCACUGCCCAUGACCAUUCGUCCACGCGGUUGUGAUGCGCGGUUCCCCGCAGUCUGGCGUUGGCUGGCGUUGUGCCUGUCUCGAAAGGGCGACAUCAUGGAUGCGCAAUUGAGCAUCUCCGUGGAAGAACACGAUGCCGGACCCUCUGCCACUCAUCACCGAGGCGCGCAUCGUCGCGGCUGCAACCACCUGACCAUAUAA